AUGUCCGAGGACAACCACACCAAACGCCCCUCAGCAUCCGCAAACAAAAUCCCCACAGUCGAGCGACCAAGAGACACAAAACGCUCUAUAUCCUACAACUCCCCCAGCGACGCCCCUUCGAUAUCCCCGUCAAGACAAAAAAGCGACCAAAGUGGCUGCGGGAACAUGAUCAAGGCCUCGCUGACGGGCAUCCUCAACUCGGGCGAGGUCAAGACGGCGGCGGGCUCGAGGAAGGUCCAGGAUAUGCUUAUGGAGACGGAGAGGAACUUGCGUGAGCAACGGAGACGCUCGUUGCAUGAGGCCAGCCCCGGUGGUGGUGUUAGGGCGCUGUUGGACCCGAUGGAGAGUAUUAGGAGGUCGGGGGAGAAUUAUAAUGGGAUGAGGUGA